AUGCGACUCCAGGCCUAUCUACUCCUAUUAGGAGUCCUCGUCUCCUACGUCGCCGCAUCUUCCGCUCCAACAUUCUGCAAAUGCACCUGCUUCAAGAACAGCACGCUCAUCCAGCUCGGCCCACAAGGCGACAACCCAAACACCUUCGAGAACGCCGCCUCCAAAUCCAACUCCCACCCCGACUCCGACUCCACCUCCAACCCACCAUCAUCCUCCUCCUCACCCGCCUCCUCAUCCCCCGAGUCCCAAGCCCAAGCCCAGCAACAGCAGCAGCAGCAGUUGCUCGAAAAGCGCGCGGCAUCAGCGUCCUGCACGCAGUGCACGCGGGCCUUCUGCCUGUCGCAGCACCUGCCGAUAUGCAAGGACGCGGAGGAGAACGACGUGGUGGCGAUGUGCUUCCAGCGCGACAGCCGCAAGGACCAGAUCAUCGUGUGGGGCUUCAUCCUCGGCACGACGGGGCUGCUGGGCUGGGCGGCCGCGCGGCGGGUCGUCGAGUUGAGGGAUGGGAAGAAAGGUGCCGCGGUGGGGAGUGGAAGGGGAGAGAGGAGUAGGGGGCAGGAUAGGGGGGUGUAUAUGCCUGUUGGCCGGGAUGGGACGUAG